CAGUUUCCGGGCGUUACGGUUGAACACAAGUAAGAACUGAAAAUGGAUAACGAGGUCCCGAUGAAACGCAGUUACUACAUCGAACAGAUGCGGAACUGGAUAAACAGACAUUCACAUUUACCUAAAGAUUUUGAUGACUUGAUGCUGUACCGUUUCGUGCACAGCUGCUUCUUCGACAUAGAGAAGGCUAAAGCCACACUAGAGAAGUUCAGCACAAUAAGAGCUAGUGCGCCGGAGCUGUUUGGAAACAGAAAUUUGGAAGCCGGUCCGCUGAAAGUCCAGGCUUCAGUUGUUGACACCUGUGUAUACGACAUAUCAAAUAACAGAAAACUACUUAUAUGGCAAAUGAACGACCCGGGUUUCGACAUAUACAACUACGUAUCCGACUGCAAGCUAUUCACAAUGAUGUUCGACGUGUAUCUACUGACGGAAACAGACGUUAAAGAUGGCGUCGUGGCCAUAUUAGACGCUAAGCAUAUCAACUACAAGUUCAUGAAAACUCUCAACUUGUUCAUAAGCAAAAAGAUACUUAAAUACCAGCUGGAGUCGCUGCCGGUGCGGAUCCAGCAGCUACACGUGGUGAACGCGGCGCCCAUCAUAGACACCUUGCUCACCGCCUUCAAGCCCUUCAUAUCCCGGGAAAUUAUUGACAUGCUUAAAUUUCAUUCACCAUCGUCGAACUCUCUAUUCGAGCACCUAGAGAAGGACGACCUGCCUUCUGACUACGGCGGCACCCUGCCCUCGGUGGAGGUCAAGAAACAUGAGAUAUAUGAUAAAUUGAAGGAAAUUGGUGAUGUGGUGUACAAAGACGACCUCUGGGCAGCCAUCGGCAAAAAAGACAUUGACCUAUCCAUGGACAACGGAAGUUUUCGCACACUUGAUUUUGAUUGAUA